UGCAAAUCAGGUCCAUCCGCAAAAUCUACCAACCCCCAGCCGCUCGAUACUGAUCAAAAUGUGUCCUCUAAUGAUUGCAGAUCAGAAAUAUACAUCUAUGCAGCACUUAUGUAUUACAUCCAAAGUACAAGUUGUCCUUUUGUAAUAUUGGACAUUUUAUGUCUUUAUUAGAUAGCCGCCAUCAGAAAAAGGAUGAGGGAUAAAGUUUUUAUAGCAUCGUACGAGGUGCACUAAGACAACGGCGUGAGGCAGAGAUGCUGACAAUCUCAUUUCCAACGUCAUUUGGACCCUUAUGCCCAGGCCAUAUCGCCUACUAGAGCAGCGCUAGUGUUGCGAAACCUCUUAUUAUCAUUCUGUGGCCAUGUUAACAGGUUAGAGCAGCCACACGGCUUGGCUGUAGCUCAUCUAGAGAUUCAGCGUUUCGCCUAUGUUUUCCAUAUGAGGAAGAAACUACAGUCUUAAUGUCUAUGUCUUUGGAAUAUGUCACAGACAUGGGAGAAAAAGUAUAAAUACAGAUUUAAUACUUCCUCCUUCCAUUUCAAAUCAAAAGCCCUCUAGCAUUUCUGUGGCAAGAAUGACAUCUAGUAUAAUGAAAAUAAAUGAAACAUGUAAUUGAUGGCAAUUAUCAAAGACAAACUCGGUGUAGAAAGAUGGUGCUGGCCUGCAGUUCAGCAAGGCAGUCAUCAGCUGUUGGCCAGAAUUUACCAGCGUCUCAGGACCAUUUCUCAUAUUAUACUUCUAUUCUUCUAUUCUAGGGAGCUCUUGGUGAAGACACUCAUGGAAUGCGGAUACACUUUCCAGGAGAUCAUGGUCUCACCCACCAGUGUUGGGAUCCCAAAUUCAAGACUGCGUUAUUUCCUGACUGCUAAGCUGUCAACAGAAAACAAAAGCACCCAGAGUUCAAAGAUUUUAGAUGCCUUCCCACACCCUGCUGAGAGUGAUUCUCCUGAGCAGCACACAGUCUCGAGUCCUCUCCGCCCAGAUACCUGCCAGCCAGAAGAGGGUCAUGUCCUCUACAAACAAGAGACAAAAAUGGAUGCCCAGAGAAAGAUGAGUCAGAACAGAGAUCUGUCCGUCAGGCAGGUCCAAGACUUCCUGGAACCGCUGAUGGAAGUAAACAUGGAACACUAUCUUCUUCCUCCCAAGACGCUGCUGCGAUAUGCUCUGCUCCUGGACAUUGUUCAGCCCACAUGCAGGAGGUCUGUGUGCUUUACUAAAGGCUACGGCCGGUAUGUGGAGGGAACCGGCUCAGUACUGCAGUGCUGCAUGGAAACAGAGAUGGAGAAUGUGUUUCGAGGUCUGGACCAGUUCUCGGAAGAUGAGAAACUCCAGCAGCUGAUGAAACUCAAGUUGCGUUAUUUUACUCCAAGAGAAGUUGCCAACAUCAUGGGCUUCCCUCAAAGCUUCUCCUUUCCGGAGCAGAUCACCACCAAGCAGCAGUACAGAGUUCUAGGAAACAGCCUCAACAUUGUGGUGGUGGCCAGACUCCUGCAGCUGCUGGUCUCCUAGCACUUGGAGCACUUUGAAGGACGAGACGAUCCUUUUCAUCAUAGAGGGCUGCAGAAAGGAAUCCUGAAACCCAGAAAUUAGUAUGUGCUUUUGCACUUCCAGUUCCCUUGUCUCGAAGUCAAUGGAUCUUUUGAACUUUAGAAAACACGACGACAUUUGAGAAAACGCCACAGCAGCAAAAGAGAAAACAAGACAUUAAGGCGGGACUCAAACAGGAAAAGGUGGGUACGUAUUGGAUAAUGAUUCCUCGUUGCUGCUUGCAUGCACCGUCAGUCAACAGAAGUACUUCCUCUUAUUCUUCCUCUUACACUCAAUGCUUUGUGGCUCAUUGCUGCCUCUCACUGAUCAGUGGAUAAGAUACAGUAAGACUGCAAAUACAAAGAAGUGGAAUUGCAGCUGCUCCUUGGUGAUUUCCC